AUGAAAUGGUCCGCGACCGCUGUUCCAAUAUUUGCGGCUGAUGCCUCUGGUGCUAUAAACGGUUGGAAUUCAAAAGCGUCUGAAGUAACUGGAUUGGCAGUUGAGCAAGCAAUGGGCAAACCUAUAUCAGAUCUCGUUGAGGAAGAUUCUGCGAAAAACAUGUUAGCAUUGGCUCUCAAAGGAAGUGAAGAACGUGGUGCUGAAAUCAGGAUCAGAGCAUUUGGUCCUAAAAGGAAAAGCAGUCCAAUUGAUUUAGUCGUCAACACUUGCUGUAGCAGAGAUACGAUGAAUAAUGUUCUUGGUGUAUGCUUCAUUGGACAAGAUGUGACAGGCCAGAAAACGCUUAUUGAAAACUAUAGCCGCGUGAAGGAGAUUAUGCCAGAAUCAUGUGGAACCCUUCCACACUCAUUCUACCUAUUUUUAUGA